AUGACAAAUCAAGGAGUAGUAGUGGUUGCUCAAAUACCCACAGGCUUCGGAAACGAGCUCAGGGCAUGUCUUAGAUGUCGUCUCGUGAAAACCUAUGAUCAGUUUAGGGCAUCGGGAUGUGAGAACUGCCCUUUCUUUCAGAUGGAGGAGGAUCAUGAAAGAGUCAUCGACUGUACGACGACAAAUCUUUCCAGUGUAAUUUCGGUUAUGAAUCCAGCUAGAAGCUGGGCUUCCAAGUGGCUCCGUAAUGGGAAGCUUCUUCCUGGUUGUUACACGCUCGGGGUCUCUGAAGCACUCCCUCAAGACUUGCAGAAUAUUUGUGAAGAAGAAGGUGUCCUUUAUGUUCCGCCAAAAUGUGCUUGA